UAAACUUAACAGACUUUUUUACGAUUCCUAUAAAAUCAUCCCAUUUUAAUAUUAAAUGUUGCGCCACAUUGCAGUUUUCUGAUUGUCAAUUUCAGCAUUCAGUACAUGAAAUAUCUCAGAAAAUCAUUGUCUUUAAUAAUUUCGAAUGUAAUAAAUUUAUAUUUAUACCUUUCAUUCACAUGUAGAUGGAUUUAAACAGCACAUUUCUUAGUUCGUCAGCAAUACUAGCAGAGGAGCUGAUAUCUAAAAAAAUUUAGAUGAGUUACACCAAAAAAUUGAUAAAUUUCAAGAAAAUGUUUUAAAAGAACAAGAAAUUACACAAAAGCUUCUGAAACGCGUUCUCGAAGAAGUCAAAGCUAAUGGCAAUUCCAAGAGUAGCACACGCAAGCCGAUAAUGCCGAAAACACCGUUUAAAGAAGAAAAUGAUUUUAAAGACUUUGAGGCCAAAAUAGAAAAAUCGGAAAACAAAUUUAAUGACUUGGUUGCCGAUUUUUUGAGCAUAAUUUGUGGCAAUUCAUCAAAAUUUUUAAAAGAAGCAUGGCGGAAAAUUAUGACCGACGAAGUAGCCCAAAAAUUGUGCUGGCAAGGAACAAAUAAUAAAACGCCCGUUCGAGCUUUAAGUGUAACAACAGCACUAAAACAAGCGUACAAUCAAAAAUUUGCAACUGCAGCUUCCGACAGCGAGUUCGAAAGGACAGUCAUAUCAUUUUUCCAGCAUGCCAAUAAUCGUCUGCAGAAAAAGCAUGCAUACAAAGAGCGUAAGGAAAAUAUAAAAUAACUUAAAUAUGUAUAUGUAUGCUCACAAAGGUGCAUUAAGCUGGAUCGAUAAUUGUAUUUAUUUUAAUUUAAUCUGUAUAGAUCCAAGAAGUAACUUUAGGAUAUCUGUGAUACCACUGACAAGUUUCAGAUAAAUCCAUUAUGUCAUAUUAACCCAGAAAAAAAAUGAAUUUUGAAACGAAUUUUGAAAAUAUGUGCAUACGUACAUACACACAUAUGAGUUAUAAUUAAAUUUAUAUAACUAUAGUUAAUGGAUUUAACUGAAACUUGUCCGGUGUACCACAUAUAUCUUAAUGUUGCUUUUUGGAACAAUACGGAUUUAUUUAUUUAAAUUAUUUUCAUCAUUUACGAAAACCUUUUGUAGAAGGUGCAUAUUGGACCAUACUACGAUUUGAAAUGCGAUUUUCUUUUAAUUUUGUAAGUCGUUGCUAAGCAAAUGUACUUUAAAUUCUCUUUUAAAUUUUUUUAAAUACGGUACGGUAAAAACAAUACCACCUUAAGAAUUAAAUUAAUCAUAGAAUUAAAUUAAUCAUAAAAAGCUGGUACUUUGUAUAAUUU